GGUAACAUGGCUGAGAGUGACUGGGCCAUUGCUGGCAGUAGCACUCAAGAGUGCAGCUGGAGACAGAACAACUUCCUGGAAUAUGAAUUUCCAGAGCAGAACACACGGCCCUUCCACGUGGGAACCUUGGAGAGCUGCUGGAGGGAGAGAUUGCAGGGCGUAGGGGAUCUGGCCUUGGGGGAGCCACAUGCACCGCAGCAGUCAUCCGUAUUAAAUGGGCUAGAGGUGCUCGAGGAAGAUGCUUUGGUGGCCCAGGAUUUGAGUUGUGCCCUGGAGGCAGCGGUAGAGUUGCGGAAACUGUGCAGCCUUGACAUGUUAAAGUGUGAAGAGGAAGAGUAUCCAGAAGUCAUUCCUGAAGAUACAAGCUUAAUGACAUUAAGGAUUAGGAAGAAGGCACUUGAUCACCGAGAAGAAACCAUAAUUGUGGAUCGUGUUUGUCGACAAGAAACAUUUGCAUAUGAGAUGGAAUCACAUGCUGUGGGAAAGAAGCCCAAGAAUCCUGCCAACUUAGUUAAAGAAGGAGAACUUAUCCUAUCUCUGAAUGUCUUCUACCCAGUAAUAUUUCAUAAGCACAAAGAACACAAACCAUAUCAGACAGUGCUGGUGUUGGGCAGUCAAAAACUGACAGAACUCAGGGAUUCCAUUUCCUGUGUCAGUGACCUUCAGAUUGGGGGUGAAUUCAGCAGCACUCCUGACCAGGCACCUGAUAGCAUCAGCAAGGAUCUGUACAAGUCUGCUUUCUUUUAUUUAGAAGGAACAUUUUACAGUGAUAAAAGAUUCCCCGAAUGCAGAGAUUUGAGCAGAUCAAUCGUCGAAUGGUCAGAAUCCCAUGAUAGAGGCUAUGGAAAAUUUCAGGCUGCUAAAAUGGAGGAUUUCACCUUUAACGACUUACGUAUUAAACUAGGUUUUCCUUACCUGUACUGUCACCAAGGAGACUGUGAACAUAUUCUCAUCGUCACAGACAUAAGGCUUAUACAUCGUGAUGACUGCUUGGAUAGGAACCUUUAUCCUCUACUUAUCAAGAAGCAUUGGUUGUGGACAAGGAAAUGUUUUGUUUGCAAAAUGUACACAGCCAGGUGGGUGACCAACAAUGAUAGUCUUGCUCCAGAGGACCCUUCCUUCUUUUGUGAUGCUUGCUUUCGAAUGCUCCACUAUAGUGGAGAAGGCAACAAACUAGGGGAGUUCCUAGCUUAUCCGUAUGUCGACCCUGGAAUAUUUAAUUGAAAGUCCUGCAGGAAUAUGCUUUUUAAAAAAGUCAUGCUGCUGACAUCUGUAGCCUUUUUUGUUAAAUAGACCUAAAAUUAUGUGUGUAAUACAUUAAACUUUUUAA